AUGACCACCAUUCAGUUCGGCAUUCUGGCCUUUGCGUAUCAAGUAAUUGAUGCCAGCGGACCUAUGGAUCUCCUCGGCUCGGCCAACAAGUCAGCAUUCCGUAUCAAUCGAGAGUACGGAUCUGUCAGCGAUGAACUCAUCUCGCAGGCGCCACAAUUCACAUUUCACCAUAUCGGCGUCACCAGAGAUCCUGUCAAGCUCGGCACUGGACAGAUGACUAUCAUCCCUACAACCACGGUAGAUGAGUGUCCUGAGCUUGACAUUUUGCUUGUUCCAGGACCUUAUCUCGGGAACUUCGAUCUGCACCCAAAGCAUGCCGACUUCAUCCGCAAACAUGUCGCUACAGGGAGGUUGCUCUUUACAAGCUGCACUGGAGCAAGUCUCGUCGCAUCGACGGGUGUUCUGAUCGGAAAGACAGCAACUGUGAACAACAUCGAAUUUGAGUGGGUUCGCAACCGCUGGCCUCAGGUCAACUGGACACGUGAGAAGAAAUGGAUCAUUGAUGGGAAUAUUUGGACAGGAUCUGGUGCUGUUGCCGCCAUGGAUAUGGUGGCCUAUUGGCUCAAAGAGAAUUAUGGCUUGCCUGUACUUAUUCAGGCUGCCUCGACACUUGACUAUGAGCCUCGGGAUGCGGAUGGGUUAUUCAAUGUUCUGCCUCAGAGAUAUGAUUCGAAGGGAGAAAAGAUCUCUACUCACGUAUUCAAGUAUUAUGAUUCUUAG